ACGAACGUCGUCACGGGCAGACCAAUCAUCACAUCUUUCUUUGCGUGCUAUAAUAUCACAUCUUCACCAAUUCACGCACAUAAUAAUGUCUCACUAUAACAACUACACCACUCCCCAAAGAUCACCUACCUUCGGCUUCUUCCCCACUGCACCAUCUUCCCCACAUGCAUUCUCCGCUAUGCAGGGGAACCCGCGUGACUCGCACGCCAUGUACUCGGCGCUGGGCUCAGCCAUGGGCUUCCAAUCAAAUAGCCCGCGCAGCCAGAGUAACGGCGGAAGCUCAAACCCGUUAAUGAAGUUCUACAGAAAGUGAUACUUUCUCAUCGUCAUGAUCGUCAACUGUAUCCAUCACGAAGGAGUCACGUGUACCCAAACCCAUUGUAUCGAUAGUACUGGAUCGGAACGGUUAUUGUUUUAUGGCUAGGGAGAUGAGAGGCGGAGCGCGCAAAAAAUACGUACUGAAUGAGGGGUGCAGGUCAUCUUCAUAACCACUUUGUUCGAUAUUGUAUCUCUAUUGUUUCACCCUGGAUGCUAUGCAUUUAUUCCUCCCCUAUCGUUCAAAAGUUAACAGAUGAAGACAAUAGUGCAAGACGAAUGUGCGCAGGCUGUGACACGAUCGUCG